CCGCUGCUCCGCAGGCAGAAACCCGCGGCAGUUCUGAGCUCGUCAGAAGGGAUCUCCCCCGGUCGGUAAAAGAGUUCACUCAGCUUCCAAAGCCCAACGUACAACACUGGCAUAAGGAGAGCAGAUCUGGUCGAGUCGCUGAGACGCUGAGCAGAGAGUAAUGUUGCUGAAGACAGUGCUCUUGCUGGCUUUGGUGAGCCAGGUGCUAGUGCUGGAGAAUGGGCUCCUGCGAAAGCCUCCCAUGGGCUGGCUGGCCUGGGAACGCUUCCGCUGCAACACUGACUGUGAUGAGGACCCAAAGAACUGCAUCAGUGAGCGGCUCUUCUUGGAGAUGGCUGACCGGCUGGCACAGGAUGGAUGGAGGGACCUGGGCUACAUAUAUCUUAACAUCGAUGACUGCUGGAUUGGUGGGCGUGAUGCCACGGGCCACCUGGUGCCUGAUCCCAAGCGCUUCCCUCAUGGCAUUGCCUUCCUAGCUGACUACGCUCACUCCCUGGGCCUGAAGCUGGGCAUCUAUGAGGACAUGGGCAACUUCACCUGCAUGGGUUACCCAGGUAUCACACUGGACAAGGUGGUCCAGGAUGCUCAAACCUUCGCCGACUGGAAGGUGGACAUGCUGAAGUUGGAUGGCUGCUUCUCAACCUCCGAGGAACGGGCCAAGGGGUACCCCAGGAUGGCUGCUGCCCUGAAUGCCACAGGCCGCCCCAUUGCCUUAUCCUGCAGUUGGCCAGCCUAUGAAGGGGGCCUCCCUCCCAAGGUGAACUACAGUCUGCUGGCAGACAUCUGCAACCUCUGGCGCAACUACGAUGACAUCCAGGACUCCUGGAGCAGCGUGCUGUCCGUCCUGGACUGGUUUGUGCGCUACCAGGACAUACUGCAGCCUGUGGCAGGCCCUGGGCACUGGAACGACCCAGACAUGCUGCUAAUUGGGAACUUUGGCCUCAGCUUUGAGCAAGCCCGAGCCCAGAUGGCCCUAUGGACAGUGCUGGCAGCUCCCCUCUUCAUGUCCACUGACCUGCGUACGAUCUCUGCCCAGAACAUGGACAUUCUGCAGAAUCCACUCAUGAUCAAAAUCAACCAGGAUCCCUUAGGCAUCCAAGGACGCAGAGUUCUCAAGGAGGAGAGGUCUCACAUUGAAGUGUUCGUGCGGCCCCUGGCCAACGAGGCCUGCGCCAUAGUCUUCUUCAGCCGCAGGACCGAUCUGCCUUAUCACUACCGCUGUUCCCUCGCCAAGCUGCACCUCCACAGCUCCAACACGUAUGAGGCCCAGAACGUCUACACGGGUGAUGUCAUCAGUGGCCUCCAAGAUAAAACCACCUUCACAGUGAUCAUCAACCCUUCGGGGGUGGUGAUGUGGUACCUGUAUCCCAUCAGUAAGCUGGGGCUGCCCCAGCAAUGAGGAGCUGGGACAUGUGACAGGCUCUGCUGGCACCACUGAGCCCAGCCCAUGGAGUUCCCAUGGGCUGAGGGCCAGUAGGGGGGGUUCUCUGCUACCCAGGCUGCUCAGCUACUUGACCCCAUCAGACCCAAAGUGCAAUCUCAGGGCCUGGUUCCAUGCCCUGCUCAAACGUGAACCCUCUUGGAAACUUGUCUUGGGGCCAUUUCCUGUGGCCUUUCUGGCUUCUACCUCAUCUGCAUGGCCCCACAGAUAUUAACCGAAGAACCCCACGAGCCUCCUGAGGCCCCACAGGCAAGAACGCUGAUACCUGUCAAGACACCAGUCUCUUAUCUCUUUUGUUGACUCAGAAAUCGGGAUUUGUUUAAUUCUUAUAAUUCGGAAUGACCUCUUUGUCAUGAAUUGUGUGAUUGUCUUUCCUGCCUGGAGAAGGCCUUGCUGGCUGACACCUCCUAGAAGUAACCUUUGUUCCCUCAGGUUACCAAUAAAGCUGUUCUUUAGUCAGAUAGUUGUAAUAUGGACCUGGGGUCACAGGCACCUUCAGUUAGGGACUCUGUGUGGCAGUACACAGGGUCCUGGUUUCAAAUUUGGCUUCACAUUGAAGAUGUGUGGCAACUUCUAGCCCUUUGUUUUCCAAGGUGACGUGCAGAUUUAUUUCCUAGACAUUCCAGACUUGCCUCUCACUAGGGAGCCAUUCUUGUUCUGCCCAAAACGGUGGUGGUGGUAAGAACACAGCGGGGCAGAGUAGUGAUGUCCUCAGAUCCUCUUUGUCUUGUGCUCCCCUUCCCCAUUCUGUUCAGAUGUUACAGGGUCUACUGGCCACUGGCCACUAUACUCGCCAGCCCCCCUGCUGCACAGUGAAAAGCCCUGAUGUGCUAAGGAACUUUGUGUUACUGUCUUGGGCACCAUUCAGCUCUUCUCCCCGUGAUGACAGCUUCACUCACUGGGACUGUGGCUGCGUGUGUGUCAGGGGGUCAGCUCUGCCAUCCUCCCUCAGGGGCCCUACAGCUUGUCUUUGCCAAACUGUCCCCACCAGCUCCUCCUUUAGUUACUCCUCUCCUACGCAGGCUGCAGAGCAGGUUCGCAUCCCCCAGAUGGGUCCAAAGACAAGUCCAGGGGAUUUUUGUGUCUUGAAAUAUAUUUCCUGUUUCUCCUCCUGGGUGAAGUCAAAGAAUGGCAGGUUUUGACUGCCUUUCUUUGGCUCCCAUUUAUCACACCCUUUCCCUACAGCUGAGGCCACAGGGCACCUGUCUUCCCUGGUGACUCUUCUCCCCGUUUGUAAAGCAAAGCAGGCUAGGUAGGUUUCCCUUGGGCCUUGAAUAUGGGAGCGCCCAGUGCCCCGGGCCUUGGCUGGCCUGGCCUGUGGAAACUCUUGUGGGUGGAUCUCUCACACACUCACCCUCAGGAUGUGAAGUCCUUGUAUUUAGAAUAUGGUGUAAAGAAUAUGGUGCCAUUUAUAUUACUGGAGCUUCACUGACUUAGUCCAGAGUCAUCAGAGAAACCUCCCUUUUUCCAGUGAUAGUCUUGAGACUAUGGGCCCCUCAGGAGGACAGGACUUGCCUCAUCCCAGGCCUCCGCCCUUGGAGGCCCAUCACCCUGUGCAAACAUAGCUCCAGCUUUGGGUCUUGGUCAUAGCGCUGUUCAAGUCAAAUAGAAUGGUCUCAGGACAGAGCACUUUAUUUUGCCAGUCCCAGGAAAGAAGUCUUUCCCACUACCCUGGGAGGGGGUUGAGUAUAGUGGUUUAGACCAUGGAAUCAGGAGCUGCAGCUAGGAAUCAGCCUGGACUUGGCAGUCAGUCCAGACCCAGAGACGGUUACAUGUCUUUACUUGCAAUAUAACUUGUCCCUUUAUCACGGGGGUGCCUGAUUGAUUCUUUCUCUCUAGCUUUCGGUCUCUCACCACCCACACCCUACCUGUCUUCUACCUAAGGUCAGUCAGGGACUCAAUUUUUUUUCCCAGUUCAAGGCAGUCUUGUUUGGACCCAAGGGUCUCCUUCCUCUUUUUAAAAACAUUAUAGAAAAUUUUCAAGCACAAAAAUAAAAUUGGAAGUGAACCUCCAUGUACCCAUCACCCAGUUCCAACAACUAUCAACAUGUGCCAUUAUUUCCUAUCUCUCUUCCCACACCUCCUCCUCCUGCAUGUGAGCUGAAGCAUUUGGAAGCAAAGCAAAGCAAACUCUAAAUGCCACUAUGUAACAGAUGGGAUGGAUAUAUAUUAUACCUAUAUCUUACACAUAUAUCCUAAAUGCAAUUUUCCUAUCAGAAUAAAAAUUUUAAUAAUCUGCUAACAA